AUGGACCUUCCGAAGCUGCUCGCCGCCCCGACCGCGCGCGGAGCCCAACAUGGCGGCGGCGGCCCCGGCCGACUCCGUCGAGGCCCGGGGCCACCGCCUAGCCCGGGCCCCGCGCGCCGCCGCCUGUUACUGCUGCGGGGCCCCGAAGAUGGCGGGCCGGGGCCGCUGCGCGGGGAGGCCCGGGCGGCGUCGGCGGCCCCGGGGCCGAGCCCCCCGCCCCCCGAAGACGGUGGCGACUCUUUCGUGGUGCUGCUGGAAGUGGCGCGCGGCGCCGCGGCCGAGGUCCCCGGGCGGCGGGAGGUCGGGCCCGGCGCUGGCGCGAGCCCAGUCCCUUGCCCCCAGCAGGGCCCCAGCGGCGCAGCCGCCGCCCCCGGGUCCGGCGCGGCCCUGGCGGGCACCGUCACCAUCAACAGCCAGGACCUGCUGGUGCGCUUCGAUCACGGCGUCUUCACGCUGGCCGCCGCGCCGCCGCAACCCGGCCAGCCUCCCCGGGGCCCGCCCGCGCCGCCGGGCGAGGAGGCCGCGAGCCCGGCCGAGGGCCGCCGCGGUCCCCAGGGCCCCGGCUCUGGUGCCCCGGGCUACCGCUGUCCCGAGCCGCAGUGCGCGCUCUCCUUCGCCAAGAAGCACCAGCUCAAGGUGCACCUGCUGACGCACGGUAGCAGCCAGGGCCGGCGGCCCUUCAAGUGCCCCCUGGACGGCUGCGGCUGGGCCUUCACUACCUCCUACAAGCUCAAGCGGCACCUGCAGUCGCACGACAAGCUGCGGCCCUUCGGCUGCCCGGUGGGCGGCUGCGGGAAGAAGUUUACCACCGUGUACAACCUCAAGGCGCACAUGAAGGGCCACGAGCAGGAGAACUUGUUCAAGUGCGAGGUGUGCUCCGAACGCUUUCCCACGCACGCCAAACUCAGCUCCCACCAGCGCACCCACUUCGAGCCCGAGCGGCCCUACAAGUGUGACUUUCCCGGCUGCGAGAAGACAUUCAUCACAGUGAGUGCUCUGUUUUCCCAUAACCGAGCUCACUUCAGGGAACAAGAACUCUUUUCUUGCUCCUUUCCUGGGUGUAGCAAACAAUAUGACAAAGCCUGUCGCCUGAAAAUUCACCUGAGAAGUCAUACAGGUGAAAGACCUUUUAUUUGUGACUCUGACAGUUGUGGCUGGACCUUCACCAGCAUGUCUAAACUCCUACGACACAAAAGGAAACAUGAUGACGACCGGAGGUUUACCUGCCCUGUUGAAGGCUGUGGGAAGUCAUUCACGAGAGCAGAGCACCUGAAAGGCCAUAGCAUCACCCACCUGGGCACAAAGCCAUUCGAGUGUCCCGUGGAAGGGUGCUGUGCCAGGUUCUCUGCCCGUAGCAGCCUCUACAUUCACUCCAAGAAACACCUGCAGGACGUGGGUGCUCCGAAAAGCCGUUGCCCGGUGUCCAGCUGUAACAGACUCUUCACCUCCAAGCACAGCAUGAAGGCGCAUGUGGUCCGACAGCAUAGCCGGCGCCCAGAUCUCUUCCCUCAGCUUGGAGCUCCGAGUUCUCUUACGCACAGCAGUGAGCUUGGCAGCCCAGGCCAAAGUGAGCUCAACAACAUAGACCUGGCAGCGCUCUUCUCUGAUGCACCCGGUGAUGGUGGUAGUGCGGCGGGGGCCUCAGAUGAGGCGCUGAACUCUGGAAUCCUGACUAUUGAUGUUACUUCUGUGAGCGCUUCACUCGGAGGGAACCUUCCUGCUAAUAAUAGUUCCUUGGGGCCCAUGGACCCACUGGUGUUGGUGGCCCACAGUGACAUCCCUCCAAGCCUGGAUAGCCCUCUUGUUCUUGGCACCGCAGCCACAGUUCUUCAGCAGAGCAGCUUCAGUGUGGACGACGUGCCGACUGUAAGCGCAGGAGCAUUAGGCUGUCUGGUAGCUCUGCCUGUCAAGAACUUGAGUCCGGAUCCACAGGCUUUGACCUCAGGUGGUCAUUUAGCAGACAACACCACCACACUGACCUCUCCGAGCCCCCCACCUGGAAACACCGGUGGCCCAGAAUUGCUGGCUCCAAUCAAAGUGGAACCGGACUCGCCUCCUGGCCCCGACACCGUGAGGCAGCAAGAACGGAGCCGAGGGGCACCCAUGUCGGUGUUCUGCAGCCCUGCGGAAAAGCACAGUCCUCAGAAAGACACGGGGCUCAGUGCGGGGACCGGCAACUUUUAUUUGGAAAGUGGGGGCUCAGCAAGAACUGAUUCCCGAGCCAUUCAACUAGCCAAGAAAAAAAAGCAGAAAGGAACUGGGAGCAACGCAGGAGCCUCGGGGUCCGCUCAGAGGACAAUGAAAGAUGGCAAGGUCAGUCCUACUCACUUCCACACAAGCCAGACUGGCUGGUUGUGUGGGAACCUUGUGGUGCCCAGCGGAGGUCUGCCAGGACCAGCUCCGGCGGCCGGCGUGCAGUGCGUUCAGGUCCAGCUACUGCAGGACGACCCCUCAGGUGAAGCAGCCUCGCCAUUGGUUCUCAGCCCGCAGCCUUCUGCCCUUCACCCUGUGUUCGCUGUUGAUUUGCCCGUCUAUGUCCUCCAGGAGGUGCUUCCUACAGCUGGAGGGGCUGCCGGGCCGGAGGAGGUGCAGUGUGCAGGGAGCACCAUCAACCUUCGGGACCUGCAGUGACAGCGACCCUCUGCCCCGGGGACAGUUUGUGGCCCCUGGACUCUGUUUCGUGGUCUUAUAGGCCUGGGGGGGACCCCACUGGGUUUAAGCUCAGGAGGCUAGCUGAGUUCCUUGGAGACUUUUGGGCAUGUUUCUCAAAAAUGUUUUUCUUACACUUUAUCAGGAACCAGUUUGGGGCAGCAUUCGUUGAAAUUGCCUUACACGAACGUGAGGCAAGGACUGCCCUCAGGGCAAAGGCACAGGCCUUUUCCGGACUUGGCGGUGCGCAGACAUCCCUUGUCCCAUUUGAUCUAAGCCAUGGAGCCCCUGCUGUAUUAGAAAAACAGACUUAGGCAGGAAGUAGGGUAGAGUAUGGAUUCCUUAGUCAAAUAGGACUUCAACUGUAGUAAAAGCAAAUGGGAUCUUUCACCUUCCGUGUUUUAGCGUUUGGCCUGAGAGAGAUCUGGAAACUGUUUCCCCUUUCUGAGAGCUGUUUCCCAGCCCCUGGGUGAUGGUUGUGGUUGGGCUGAUUCUGUCACCCCAUAGGGCAGAAGUGAUCCUGUUGUCAUAGUGAAGACAAAUUCGAAUCCCUGUUUUGGCAGAGCAGGCGGGCAGCUCGUAUGAGGGGAAGGAGAUGGGAGUGCAGAGGGGGACACUGGGGCCCUGGUAGCGAGCCCUCCACAGAGAGGCCAAAUUUGAAGCUCCUAAUUUGGGGAUGCUAGAGGUAAAACUUUACAUUUUUCUAACUUCUGCAUUUGGGCGUUCAUGUUUAAUAAUAAUUUGUCCAGGUUCUACAGUCAGGGCCUCAGUACUCUGCGCUACGUGUAGGACAGUGAGAGUGGCUUGUACAUGCUCGUCGUGGCCGCAGACGUGCAGGUACUGUGUCACCGUGUAUUUUCGCAGAGCACGGUCGGUCCUGCACAGGAGGUGAGCGGAUAACCUCACACGUGUUUGUUUGUUGGCGAGACUGGCCACACGGUCACUCAGAAAUGCUGUUUUUCGCCUUGUGCCUUUGAGGCUUACAUUGAUUCAGAUGCUCUUUUGGUUCUUGGACUUGGAAUUGUCCAAACUCUGCCUGUUCUGUGUUUCUUCAUUUCUUGAGUUUUUGGCCUUGGGCUUUUGGAAAUGACCCCAGCAUUCGGUGGUGAGUCCUCUCUCUUUCCUGCUCUGAGGUGCUGUCUGUCCAGGGUGCUUCUCUACCCAGAGGAACUCGGUCCCCAUUUAUAAACAGUUUUUACCCACAGAACUCUGUGCUGCAUCACAGACUAAAGUUUUGUGUCCACCUGGCCCCUCCGCCUCCAGGUCUCCCAGCCUCCCUACACCAGGAGCCAGUCCGCCUGCCAGGGUGACCAUGGGGGCCGGGUGGCCUGGUGGCCACACUGCACUGUCCUGAUGGGAGGAGGGGCCGGGCCAGGGAACGAUCUCUCCGGGGUGGGUCGCUGGAACUUUCCUCGGAACGUCCCCUGGGAAUGUCCACCACCAUGAUGUGAUUGGUACUGGCUGUCAGUUUUCUGGGCACUGGGUUCCCUGGGGGCGUGGGCCCAACUUGUAGUACAAAUGAAUAAAAGUUUUUGUAUA